ACCCUCUGUUCAUUUUCACCAUCCGACAAUGCAAUUACGGGCAACUCUGUAAUUGGAGUCAAUAGUGGAACUUUCAAUCCGUCAAAUAAAAGAAAUCAAAAAGAGGAUUUUGAAAAGAACGGUCAGACCACUCCUAUAAAACGGAAAAAAAUAGACGAUUAUUUCCCUGUUCACCCUCCAAAUUAUAAUGAUGAUAUUUCCAAGUCUCAAAAGACACGUGUAGGUAAUGUUCUUCCCGAUGGUACAGUCCUAUCAAAUCCACCACCACAGCCAGACUUCACCGCCAGAAAUUAUGAGGAAGAAUUCCCAGCAUUAGUGGAUGAGGAUGAAGAAGAAAACCCUCCGUUUGAUAAUAUUAUAAAAUGCGUGCCAGCCACAGCAGAGAAGUGGGUACUGCUGCCAUCUGGGCAAGACGUUAAUGAUAUUUUUAGUAAAAAUGUUUCGCGACUUGCAAAAUCUACAAAGGGCAGGGAAACAUUAACAGCAAUAGAAAGAUCAACAUUGAGAUAUUCUGUGUCAAGAUUAAUUGACCUUUCAGCCCAUAUGCAGGAUUGGUUUACCGUUGAAGAACUUGAAUUCAUGAAAGAAAAUUACAAAACCAUCCUUAAAGUUCCCGACUUGGAAGAUGAUGUUAAUUUUUUAUCACUGAAGUGGAAAAGAUGGCUCGAAAUGACCCAAACAAUGCUUAUAAAUUUUGCAUGGAAAAACACAAACUCAGCAUUCAAUUCGUGCAUGUAUAAAAUUAGCAAAAUUUAUGAUGAUUUUCUAUUUGAGGUUAAAGACGGAACGAAUAUGCUGGAUUGUGGAGAUGAAAGUUACACUGAAGUUGACAUUAUCACGAAGGCAACAUCAUAUAUUGUAAAAGCUCUGAUUAAGGGCCUUAAAAUUUAUUAUAAAUGGGGUGAAUCGUUUUGCCCUUUGAGCAGAUCAGAAACUUUUGAAAAAGGGCGAAAGUGUGAUGUCCGAUUUUUGAGUUCCUCGAGUGUUGAUCUUGGCGAAUGGGAGUUUGCCGUGCAUGCUAAUGCUACAAAAGCGAUUGGAGACCGCUGUCGAUCUGCAAGAGUUAAUCAGUCCAUACUAAAUGGCAUGUUAAAAUUGAACUUAAUGGAUGACCAAGCGAAAAUAGCAAAAGUGCCAUUUUUACAAGUUGCCGGAACAUAUGGACAAAUGUUGCUUGAAGAUUUAGUAAAUGGAUUUUAUUUGGUUUUUCCUGGGUCAUCGUUUGAACUGCCAACGAAAUUAUCUCAAAUUCACAAGUUAAGGCCAACCGUAAAAAUCUUUAAAUAUGUAUUGGAAACAUAUGAAGAAACUAGUAACAUGCUUGAUAAACUUGAUCACGGGUAUAAUAAGCUUGAGUAUAUCUUUAAGAAGACUGAUCACGUCAAGCGAUCACAUUACAAGUCCAAUUUUAUUAGCGAACCAUGGUGGACGCCGAAAAAAAAUAUUACAUCUCAGCUAUCAACUGCAAUUAAAGAAAUGGAUGAAAAGAACUGA